GAUGAAUUUGUCGCCAGAAACUCGAGGUACUUAAGUGAGUACCUGUCCGAGCUUGUGUUGAAUGACAUCUCAAUCAGAAACCUAUUACUUUAAAUCCUUAAUUGUGCUCAGUCCUCUCUCCUCCACCUCAGAACCCAUCGUCGAUCCAGACCAUAACCACCCACCACGAUAACUACAAUCAACAGCACAAUGGCCGACCUCCACGGAAUCAUGGUGGCGCUAAUCACCCCCUUCACCGACGACCAGACGGCGAUCGACGCCCCGCGCCUCCAGGCCCUGAUCGACCGCCUCAUCAAAGCCGGCGUGCACGGCCUCGUCCCCGGCGGCAGCACCGGCGAAUUCACCGCCAUGACCAUUGCAGAACGCAAACAACUGACCGAGCUCGUUGUCAAGUACGCCGACGGCCGCGUGCCCGUCAUCGCCGGCACGGGGGCCCUCACCACGCGGGAUACGCUGGAGCUCUCGCUGCACGCCGCCGAGGCUGGCGCCUCAGCGCUGAUGGUGGUGCCCCCCUUCUACGACGCAGUCACCCUGACCGAACUCAAGACCCUGAUGGCCGAGAUCACGCAAGCGACGCAGCUGCCCAUCGUCUACUACAACAUCCCCUCCGCCACGGGGCUGAAACUGACGCCCGCGGAGCUGGCGAGUCUGUCGGAGGUGGGCGUGCGCUACCUGAAGGAUACGUCGGGCGACGCGCCCGCCCUGACGGAGAUGCUGUUCGGGCUGUCGGAUCGGAUCACCGCGUUCAACGGCUGGGACACGCUGACCUUCUACGGGCUGGCGGCGGGCGCGCGCGGCGGGGUCUGGGGCGCCGCCAACAUCAUCCCCGAGCUGGCGGUCGAGCUGUGGGAGGCGGUCGCCGUGCGCGGCGAUCUGGCCCGGGGCCGCGAGCUGUGGGCCAAGGCCUGGCCCGUCUGCAAGUUCCUCGAGUCCCAUAACUAUGCCGCCGCCGUCAAGACGGGGCUGGAGUUGACGGGGACCCCCACCGGUGGCGUGCGCAGGCCGUUUCAAAUGUUGGGGACGGAGGUGCAGGAGGAGUUCAAGGUGCUGAUCCAGGGUGCUGGGGUGAAGACUGUUUAACGUAUUGUUUUCAAGAUAAAUAUAUGUGCGGGUUUUGCGCAGACGUCAAUGAAAUGUCCAAAGAUUGAUGCUCGCGAUGCUUUGGUUGUAGCAGGUUCAGUCCUCUGGCAUGGUACGCUCAAAUUCCGGAUGGGGCCAACCAAAGCUGGAUUGAAUCUCGUCAGGUCAUAGUAUGCGAGAGGUAUUUUGUCUCCAGGCGGAAGUGUACUGCGGAGACAGUGAUCCUACCGGACGAGGUUAUAUGGGUUCAAUUUCCAGCGGGACCUGAUCCCGCAGAUCACUU